AUGGCGUUCCCUGUUGUUGACGGCGUCGAGGUGCUGGUGCAACCACCUGAAGGGUACCAUGUCAACUUUACGCAUCCAUUCAAAGACACUGCGACGAUCAACUCGAGCUACUGGGCUUUCGGUAUCGAGUUCACUGUUGCCGUAUUCUUCUUGGGCCAGCGAAUCUAUUCGGCACUGUUUAUUCUUCGUAAAUGGCGCAUCGAUGACUACAUGAUCGUGUUAGCAUGGGUGCUAACCACGACUGCUCAAUGUCUGAUUCUUCACUGUUUAAAGCAAAGCGUUUUGGGUGUGCAUAUUUGGGAGAUGUCCGUUGACGAUGCUAUCUGGGAGACAACGAUGAUUCAUGCCACCACCCUGACCGUCAUCCCGGGUACAAUCCUCGCCAAGCUUGUGUUGUGCAUUUUCUACUAUCGCCUGUCGCCUAUCACCUGGUACCGGUAUGCCAUCAUCUUCACGGCCUUCAUCACCAUCGCCGCCUUCACUGCCGUCUGGUUCUCGGUCGAGUUUGCCUGCAAACCUAUCGAGGCGGCAUGGAACCUGCGUCUCUACACGGGCACCAACUGCAUCGACCGCCCCCCCGUCUACAUGCUCCAGGCCAUCAUGGGCGGCGUGACCGACAUCAUGCUCAUGGUCCUCCCCCUGCCCAUCAUCCUGCGCCUGCAGAUGUCGUGGAAGCAGAAGGUCGCCCUCGUCGCGUGGUUCGGCACCGGCCUCAUCACCCUCGGCGCCGCCGUCGCCCGCCUGGUGAUCCUGAUCCCCAGCCUCAAGAACGCCGACACCACGUUCGUCCUGGCCCAGGGUACCCUGUGGCUGAUCGUCGAGGCCAACCUCAUCAUCAUCUGCGGCUCGCUGCCGACCUUCCGCAUCUUCCUCAACCACGUCGCGCCCAAGAUCCUCGGCGAGUCGCGCAACGCCAGCGGGCCCAACAACAGCAGCGACAAGGGGCCCGGCUCCGGUGGGAUGCGGUACGCGCUGCGGACCUUUGGUAGCUCGCAGCCCAAACGCCGUCACUUCGACACCAUCGACGAGCUUGAGCUCGGCGACAACCCCUAUGGGUCGGAGGUCAGGUGGAAGGCUGAGGGCAAGAGUGACAUGAACCGCACGCAGGAUCGGAGGAAGAGUCACUCUGAAGCUAGCGAUGAGGAGGCUAUCAUCAAGACGGUGCAGAUGACGGUAACGCAUGGUCCUCGAUAG